GAGAUGGUGCGCCAGACCCUCAACCUGGCGCUGCCCCAGCGCGCGCCAGUGCUGCCGGCGCUGCCGCCCCGCGCGCCAGGCGCGCGCGGCGGGCCCCUGGACGGCCUGUGGACGUGCAGAGAGCCCGCCGAGGGGCAGCCGCCCGAGGAGCUCAUCCGCGUCGCGGGCAGCACCGUGGAGUGGCAGCGGGAGGGCACGUCACGGUCGACUGGGAGGAGGUCACGCUCCAGAUAGAGGGGGAGGACACCGUCUGCAGAGGCGUGCUGCAGGGCGGCAGCGAGCUCCGCUGGGAGGACGGCGACGUCUGGGAGCGCGCCGCGCCGGGCGCGGCGGGCCUCUGCUCCGAGCGGCAGCUCGAGGCGCUGCGCGGCCGCGUGGCGGCCGAGCGCGGCGCGGGCGCGGGGUACUUCGGGCACUUCGCCGCGCUGCUGCACCUGGAGGCGCUGGAGGAGCUGAGGGAGCUGUGCGGGCGGCUGCGGAGACCCGCCUGGCAGCUGGCCCAGCAGGGCUGGGCGCUGCAGGCGCUCGAGGUCGCGGACGUCUCCCUCCAGGCGCGCAGGAAGUCCAGGGGCGGGAAGAGGUGCCAGGUGGUGUUCACUCACAAGGCCGCCCGCGCGGCGGACGUGUCCCGGCUGCGCUUUUCCCCGGGCGACAGCGUGCUGUUGUCGGUCGACGGGCCGCUGCAGGACUGCAGGGGCGAGGGCAUCGUGGCGGAGAUGGGCUGGCAGGACGACUGGCAGUACCAGGUCACCGUCACGUUCGACGCCAGCGCCGCCCUGCAGGAGGCCCUGGAGGCCACGCGCAGCGGCUGGCGCCUGGACUGCGGCCCCAACCGCACGGCCCACGAGCGGCAGCUUCAGGCGCUGCUGAAGCUGGUCGCCCCCGACCGGCGGCUGCGGCUGUGGGACCUGCUGCUCAUGGCCGACGUGGGCCGGCAGGCAGGCGCGGCUGAGGACCCGCCAGAGGAGCCCGGCGCCAGCUCGGCCGAGGACGAGAGCGAGGAGGGCGCCGACGGCGCGCUGCGAGCGGCGGCCGUGGAGCCGCCGCUGCCGCUGCCGCCAGUGCUGGAGUGGCACGGCCGCGACUUCGGCGGCACCGCGGAGGACUACCA